AAUUGCCAGCAAACCAAGGAUGACUCCAAUGGAUACAGCUGAACCACCGGCAGAAUGGAAAGACAGUGUCCAACCAGCCCUGGUGUUCUCUUUCUUGAUACUCAUCUGCCUAGAGGUGUGCCUAUGGCUGAGGAACAAUGGGCAGAGGAGGUCUCCCCCUGGACCCUUUCCCUGGCCUGUGGUGGGCAAUGCAAUGCAACUCGGGCAACUUCCCCAUCUCACCUUUUGUAAAAUGUCUCAGAAAUAUGGCAACGUAUUCCAGAUCAGACUGGGUACCCAAGACAUUGUGGUGCUGAAUGGAGAUUCCACCAUAAGGGAAGCUCUGGUGAAGCAUAGCAAGGAAUUUGCUGGGAGACCCAACUUCUCCUCCUUCCAGCUUAUCUCUGGGGGCAAAAGCAUUGCUUUUGGGGGCUAUUCUACUCUCUGGAAGGCUCAAAAGAAAAUUGCUCACUCAACCCUUAGAGCGUUUUCUACUGUCAACAGCAAAACGCAGAAGCUAUUUGAGAAGCAUGUGGUGGCAGAGGCGCAGGACCUCAUUGACGUUUUUCUGCGCUUGACCUCUGAGGAGGAAUAUUUUGAUCCUACACGUGAGUGCACGGUGGCCGCUGCCAAUGUCAUCUGUGCCUUGUGCUUUGGCAAACGUUACAGCCACGAUGAUGAGGAGUUCAAAGCCCUGAUUGGGAGAAAUGACAAGUUUGGCCAAACCGUGGGCGCUGGUAGCCUUGUAGACAUCAUGCCCUGGCUUCUAACUUUCCCAAACCCAGUGCGCAGCCUCUAUCAGAGCUUCAAAGAUCUCAACUGGGAAUUUUAUGGUUUUGUCAAGGAGAAGGUAAGCCACCACCGGCAAACCUACAACCCAGAGAUCACCAGGGACAUGAGUGAUGCCUUCAUCAGUCAUAUAGACAAUGCAGAAGGGAUAGAAGCAGGUGAUGGUCUGAGCAAGGACUAUGUGGAAAGCAUUGUCAAUGAUAUCCUGGGCGCAGGGCAAGACACCACUGCUACUGCCCUCACCUGGAUUCUGCUCUUACUCAUUAAAUACCCUGACAUUCAGCAGAAGCUGCAGGAAGAGAUAGACCUGGUGGUGGGACCCAACCGACUUCCCACAGCAGAUGACAAAGUUCAGCUCCCCUAUGUCCAAGCCUUUAUCUAUGAAGCCCUGCGUUUCAGCAGCUUCGUGCCAGUCACUAUCCCGCACUCUACCACCAGUGAUGUGGUCAUUGAUGGCUUCUACAUUCCCAAGGACACGGUGGUCUUUGUUAACCAGUGGUCAGUCAACCAUGAUGAAUCCAAAUGGAAAAACCCAGAUGUUUUUGACCCCAGCAGGUUUUUGGAUGAAGAGGGUCAGCUGGACAGAGAUGCUGCUUUCGGGGUGAUGAUCUUCUCCGUGGGCAAAAGGAGAUGUAUUGGGGACCAGCUAUCUAUGCUACAGAUAUUUCUAUUCACGGCCAUCUUUCUCCACCAGUGCACCCUCCAUGGCAACCCUAAGGAGAUACCCACCAUGGACUGUAUCAGUGGCUUAUCUCUCAAACCACUGCCCUAUGGGAUGUCCGUUAGAGCCAGAGUUGGUAGAACAACCAUGAAAGAACCUGUCUGAAAUUGCCCCUGUCAUACAGUUCAUGCCAGGUCAAUGGGCUCCAAGCACUAACCCAG